ACUUGUUAGCCUACGAUAAAGAGAACGUUUAUGAAAAUGCUCUCAUACUAUCGAGAAGAAAAAUAAUCAUUGUGGAACGGAAGUAGUGAACGGAUAUAAUUAAAUUUUCUGGCGAAACUUCAAUGGCCGACUGUAAACUUUUCAUGAAUUUAUCCUGUGAGGAACUGGAGAAAAGUGUUUCAGAUCUAAAUCACAAAUUAUUUUCUUCUGAGAUUCCGGAAGAGUCUCAAACCGUCAAAGAUGAUUUGGAGGAAAUCGAUGUCGAGUAUUUAUUUGUUAGGGUGCAAUAUACUAUAAAGAAUCAAAUAGGGAAAUCCAGCAGCAGCGUUUCAUGUAGCCCUGAAGUUAUUGACAAAUAUGUGAAAAACGUAUUCGACUUACCCACAAAAAUAUACGAUAAUCUUCGUAUGGAGGUCUGCCAGGCCGAGCCACCUGUCGUAGUUUUAAAUGUGUCAGUUAUUGAAGCUAAAAAUUUGGAAGCUAAAGAUUUAAAUGGAUUCAGUGAUCCUUAUUGCAUCCUAGGAAUAAUAUUUGGACGUUAUGUGAGUAACAAUGAAAAAUCUACAACUCAUGAUUUAUCUAUAAAUACUACAACUACAACAUUUAGUCCAAAUGAUCUAGAAACUGUACAAACAAUGCGAAAUGUUUCAGGAAAAAAGGGAUUUGAUAAUAAUCGUGUUACAUUUACGCGUUCAUCAUUUCGACGUUUUAGUCAGUCUUUUAAUAAGCGAACAAACCAAAGUGAGAAACUGAAUAUAUCUCAUAAUGAAUCAUUUAAAAUGUCUGGUGCUACAUCGUCUAAAUCUGUAGUUAAUAAAGAAGGACAUGUUCCUGUUGGAAUAAUGAAAUCAACUCAAGUCAAAGAGCAAACACUAAAUCCUGUUUGGAAUGAAAAUUUUCGGUUAGAAUUAGACGAUGUAUCAAGUGAUAAGUUACAUUUGGAUAUAUGGGAUCAUGAUGAAGAGACUAGUGUAUUAGAAGCAGUUCGAAGUUUAAAUGAAAUUCGUGGUGUAAAACAGUUAGGUCGUUAUUUUAAACAAGUUAGUCAAUCUGCACGUAAAAAUCAAACUGGUGAUAUGGAUGAUUUUUUAGGUUGUGUCACAAUCGAUAUCAAAGAUAUACCAUCUACAGGUUUAGAUAGUUGGUUCAAAUUGGAAGGUCGUUCAAAUCGAUCAAAAGUUCAAGGUGAAAUUCAUUUAGCGCUUAGUUUAAGUGCACAAAAUGAUUUAAAUGAAUUUGAACGUGAUAAAACUGUGGCCAUUCAAGAACAUAUUCAAUUAUUUUAUUUAUUUUCACUUUAUCAAUUAAAGCAAGAAAAUAGUACUGGAAUACCAUGGAAUGGAAAUAUAGUUGAGGAAGGUGAAAUUAUUCUUCAUCAACAUGCUAUUCAAAAUGGGCUGACAGAAAUUCAAGUAGCUAUGUGUCAGUGGAUAGCAUUGAUUCGAUUAAAUUAUACUAGAUCAUUGGAUCAAAUCAUUCUUUUACAUACGUUCAAACAACUUAUAUCAUUAUGGUCAGACAAACUACUUACUAGAGAAGAGCUAAAUUAUUUAUCAGAUUCAUUUAAAGUAUUUACAGAACAUUCUUUAAUUAUGAUAUGUAACUAUAAUUUAAUCUUCUAUAAUGCUCAAUCAGAAAAUGUAUUGGAUUUAAAUCAUUUACUUGAGUGUUUAUGUAUGUUGCAUAAUUCACGUCUAUAUCAGUUCAGUUCACCUUUCUCUAAUUCAUUACAAAAAGAAUUUCUUACAUCAUUUAAGAAAUUUGUUCUUGCACGUUAUGAAAAACACAAAACAACUGUUAUGGGAAAAACUGAUAAGUCGGAGUUUAUACAUUUUGAAUUAUCUCAAUUAAUAUUAUUGAUUAAAUUAUUGAUUAUCGAUUUGGAAAAAUGUUGUGAAGUUUAUUCACCAAUUAUUAAAAAAUAUCUGGAUUUGGAUCCUUUUAUAAAUAUGUACAAAUUUUAUGCGAAUUCUCUACAUCAUGAUUGCAUACAAAUCAAUAUUCUACAAAAUUUAGUACUACCAAUAAUAAAUCAAGAAUUGGAAACUAAAUCUUCGUUGUCAACUGGGAAACAAUGUUUAACAAAAUCAAUAGAAUUGAAAUCAUUAUUUGUUCUUUAUUUAUUACUUAAAAAGUUUGAAAAUAUGUUCGAUAUCAAAAUAAAAUCUAAUGAACCAAAGAAAUUAACUGAUUUCGAUUGGUAUACAUGGUUUCGACCAGUUAUUUCAUAUUGGAUACAACAAUGUAAUUUUCAAUUGUUAUCUAAUAUGGAUAGGGAUAUACAAAAUGAUCAGCUCAUAUCAACUAAUGAACAAUUAAUAAAUUUCAUACCAAAUAAAAUUAAAAUAGAAAAAUAUUUUGGUUUAUAUUCAAUAUCAAGUUUACAAAUAAUAAAUAAUUUAACUCGUUUAAUAAAUACAUGGAUAUUGAUUGAUUGGCCAGAUGAACAAACGAAAUAUAAUUAUAUUAUUGAAAUUGUUCAAAUUGCUUGUGAAGUUACUUUAUCAUAUGCAAAACAGUUACAUGAAAAAUUACGUCUACAAGGAUAUUGUGAUGAAGAAGGGCAAUUUGAUAUAUCAAACUCACUGUCUAUUGGAUUGAACAAUUUGGAAUUAAUUUCAAAAUUUAUUCAAUGGAUUCUACUAUUUUUAAAUAUACAAACUCCUUGGUCGUCUAAUAAUAAACAUGUUCUUUCCAGUAUUUCUAAUACUAACGACACCAGUAGUAAUCUUUGUGGUACUACCACUGGUAAAAGUAACAAUACUAAAAGUAAUGAUAAUAAUAAUAGCAGGGCUACUGAUAACACAAAUGCAACCGCUAAGUCGAUCGAUGAUGAAGAAAUGAAAAUUCCUUAUCAACAUUUAGAAACUUUAAAGCGUCUUCAACAUAAAGGUUAUGGUGAACUUAUUCGUGUAUUGAAUCGAACAAUCUACCGUAUGAACGCUAAAAUGAGACCAGAAAUCAGAAAAAAUGUCUUUCAUUUAUGUUGGAGUCUACGAUCAACUCCUGUUGAUAAGGCCAUGCAUGAUUUAAUCGUUUAUUUGGACUCAAAUAUGCGGACAUUAAAAACCAAUGUGUCUAGUAAUUUAUUACAUCGUUGUAUACUAUCAAUAUGGCACGAAUGUCUUGAACAGUAUAUGGAACAGACAAUUAAAGAAGGUGAAAUUAAUUCAACUAAUGUUGGUGGUCCUGGUGCAUUUCUACAAAUUAAAUCAAAUUUUAAUGCAGAUAAUAACAGUCCAACAAUUAUUCCAUUAUCUACACAUGAAAUGCAUGAAUUAAUAUCUAAUUUACCUAUGGAAAUAGAUAAAAAUCAAAUUUUUCGAGCUAAAUCUACAUUGGAAAGAUUAAAAAAGUCUUUAGGUAUACUACUUGAAUUUUUCUUAAAAAAUGGUGAUGAUCAAAUAAGUAAAGGAAGCUUAGAAACAGAAGAAUAUAAUAAUGUACAAUAUCUGAUCCAAUUAUAUAACAGUAGUACACCAGAAGUGAUUGAACAAUAUUUUAUUGAAAAACUUAAUGAACAAGAAUUAGCCAGUUCUUCUUCAUAUGGUAAAUUGACAGUAAAGAUUGGUUAUCAACGAACAUCAUUAUAUGUAGAUAUACAACGAGCUACAAACCUUGUACCACUUGACUCAAACGGUUUAUCAGACCCAUUCAUAAUUGUCGAAUUACUACCUAAACAUAUAUUUUUGGAAACUCCAAAAUCAUCACGAACAAGAAUUGUCAAGAAUACAGUUGAUCCUGUGUUUGAUGAACAUUUUGAAUUUCCGGUUACUCCAGAAGAAUUACAACACCCAUCAUUCUGUUUAGCUUUUAUUGUCAUGGAUCAUGAUUUGAUAAUGUCGGACGAUUUCGAAGGAUGUGUAUUUAUUCGACCUUCAUUACUUAUGAAAUCAUCAAAUAAACAGGAAAUAAAUUCAGAGAAUUCAAAACUAGUUUUUUCAAACUCUCGAUUUCAGAAUCGAUCUGCUAAUGAGUAUAAACAGUUACAAUUAUGCUUACCGCUGAUCAGACCUAUCAGUAAAAAAUAUGGUGCAUUGGAUAUUUUGGGUCAACGCACCGACUCAUAUGCCCAAGAGAUAUUUAAACGAUGGAAAACCCUAGAAGAUAGUGAAAUAAAUCAAUAAUAUGAAAGUAUGGGUAAAAUAAGACAAUCACUUCAUUAAAUUUCCCUAAUAAAUUCAUUUCAUUUUUUCUUAGAAGGACAAUAAUACAGAGAAUAUUGGUACUUCAACAUUUACUCAUAUAAUCAAGUUUAUUUUCUCUUUAUAAUCCAUCUUCACAGUCAUCAUAUCUCUAUCAUUAUGACUAGUACAUUGUAUGAUCAAGUUUCUUUUUAAAAAAAGAAUUAAAACGAACUGUCGAGGUUUUCAGUAGUCGUAAUGUAUUAUACAUCCACAUGUUUGUGUUUAUCCAUACACAUUAUGAAGUAAUUCACAUUUUAUUAUAAACAUUUUUUUAUAAGUAUAAUAAUGUUCAGUAUGAAAAUCAACUCAUACUUGUUUCUUUUUGUAUAUACACAAAUAAGAAAUAAUUCAAGUAAUAAGAUU